AUGAACACGACAGCCGCCGCCCCCGCACCUCCGCUCUUUCCUAUGGCUGUGUCAAGUGCGGGACCCGCCUGGCAUCUGCCGCACUUCUCUCCCAGCACCACCGCCCACGUCAAGCAAGAGCCUUGUGAUGGCGAGGCCGCGGAUCGGCACGACGACUCCGGCAUCUCGCCCGGGCGCAGCGCCAGUGCCAGUGGCAGCAGCGGCGGGCCUUCGCCAGAGCGCGAGGAUCCCGGACCCUCGCAACAUCACCACUACUUCCAGCACCAGCAACAGCUGCUGUCGUCUCCGCCACCCAACCCGAACGGCCACUACUUGGAGCGGCUGGACAAUACGCCGUCCCAGACACAGCACAACGCUUACUACUAUAAUCACCACCACCAGCAGCAGCAGAAUGGCCGCGGACAACCCCUGCCGCAGGAGCCAUACUACCAGCAGCAGCAACAGCUGCUUCAGCAGCAGCAGCAGCAGCAGCAGCAACAACAACAACAGCAGCAGCAACAGGAGCAGCAGGAACAAUCAGACAGUUCUGCACAAUUCCAUCUUGGCAGCCCCGCACGCGAGCCGCUGGCACGGGCCGUCCCGCAGUCUCCGCAACUGCGGACGCCGCCGCCAGCGGGCAGCGCGCAGACCAAGCAGGAGCCGGCCAGCCCGCUGGAAGGCAGCUCGUCGCCUGGCCAGCCGCCGCAAGCGUCCUGCGCCGCCUCUCAGGCUGACGAAAACUCGUCUAGCUCGUCACACUACUCCACGGAAGGCGAGGGCGCCCUGCGGCGACUGCAGGCGGCUGUCGAGACGAUGGGAAUGGUCAACGGCAGCGCAGACGGCGGCACCACCUACGAAUGUCCCGUCUGCACCGUGCGCACCCAAGACAAAGAGCAGUUCCAAGCUCACCUGGGAACGCACUACGAGCCGCGGUGUCCUUCCUGCGAUCACGUGGCGUCCACUGUAGAGAAUCUACGCGCACACAUGCGUGAGGCGCACGCGCUGUCGCCGCCGCAAGAUGACCCAGCUGAGACCAAAAUAAAUUCCCAGGGCCGCGUGAAGACUUUCCGGUGCAAGCAAUGUGGCUUCGUGGCUGUGACGAAACUGGAGUUCUGGAAGCACUCUCGCUUGCACAUCAAAGCGGAGAAGCUGCUGACGUGCAACCGGUGCCCCUUCGUGACCGAGUACAAGCACCACCUCGAGUACCACCUGCGCAACCACUCGGGCUGGAAGCCAUUCCACUGCGACAAGUGUGACUACCAGUGCGUCAACAAGUCGAUGCUCAACUCGCAUCUCAAGUCGCACUCCAACAUAUACCAGUACCGGUGCGCCGACUGCACCUACGCCACCAAGUACUGCCACUCUCUGAAGCUGCACCUGCGCAAGUACCACCACACGCCGGACGUGGUGCUCAACCCGGACGGCUCGCCCAACCCGCUGCCCAUCAUAGACGUGUACGGCACGCGGCGCGGACCCAAACAGCGGCCUCGCACCACCACGCCGAAAAAGAAGUGUGCGGCCGCGCCGCCGUCGGCAUCUGCGCCCUCUCCGGCGCCUCCGCAGCCGCAAGCAGCCGUCCAACCGCGGCAGCCGCUGCCCCCGCCGCCAGCGCCUCGCGCUGCCGCGCCGCCCCAGGGUGCGGCUGCACUGCCGCCGUUCGCGCCCGCAGCCUUCGCGCCGUUGGUGCGGCCCGGAGGAGCCGUCUUCCCGUUCGGCAACGUGGGUCUCGUGCCGUCUAUGCCGGCCUUCCCGUACAACCCGGUGCCGCACAACGCGUCCGACGCCGCCGGCUACGACGCCUACUACGCCGCGGCGCACAGCAGCGGCUUCCCGUUCUUCGUCAACAAUAACAACGAUAACGAGAGCCCUCAGGACGCAGAGGCCAAGAUGCAGGACUACAUGGCGCGCAUUCUCGUGGCUACGCAGCUGCAGGUUCCCAACGUGCCGCUGCCGCAGGCCAGUACUCCGCUGCCGGACCCGCUGGAUCUGACAAAGCCAGAGUCUCCCUCGCCGGCAGCUGUCAGAUCGCCGACACCGACGCCAUCUACGUCGACGGCUGCGUCUGCCCUGCCACUCGAGGAUGAGCCGAUGCCGGUGCCCGUCCCGGCGGCUCCUUCCGCGACCAAGCACCGCCGGAAGGGCAAGGCUUACAAACUGGAGCGCAUUGCCAUGAAGCUGCAGUACCACGCGGAUGACGACAGCGCAGAGGACGAGCCAGAACGGAAGCUGUUGAAGGCGGAACUCCCACUCGAUCCCGAGCCAGAGAAGGAACCGCAGCCCUCGAGCGACCGUCCCGAUUCUUCGGAGGCAGAGGCGGACGACGGAGAAGACAGUUCGGAAGCUCAGCGUGACUUCUUCUGCGAGCACUGCGAAAUCACUUUCCGCGACGUCAUCAUGUACUCUUUGCACAAGGGCUACCACGGCCUCAAAAACCCUUUCACCUGCAACGCCUGCGGUAAGGAGACUGCAGACCGUGUCGAGUUCUUUGUUCACAUCGCUCGCUCGCCCCAUUCCUAA